AUGGGAGCUUCAGUAUGGGAUGUGAUUGUGAAGACAUGUGAUAAAUUUGGAUCUGGAACAGAUGCUGCAACUUAUCUUAAAGUUUACUAUGAAAAAGAUAACGCUAACGAGAUUUUUUUAUUGGAUAAUCCGACCAUAAAUGAUUUCGAACGCGGAGACAGAAACCACUUUAAAGUUUUGCUUAGAAGUGAUAAUAUAACGAAUAUUGGAUUAUUUUGGUGGCCAAGUUUCACAAUUAGCGAAGAUUGGUGUGUUGAUUGGGUGGUGAUGUUGAACAGUUAUAAAGAGAUUUGUUAUCAAGGAAUUUUCGAUCGGUGGAUAUUGCAUUACCGCGAUCCACCUACAUAUGCGAAUAAAUUCGAUCGUGUUCGAUUCGUCAACUGUAUUCAACCUUAUCAAAGAAAGCAUCACUAA